AUGGAAGGUAUUGAAAACAGAUACCCUGAGAACACAGCAUAUCAAUUUUUACAACCACCCUUCAAAAGCAAACAUCAGAACAACCUGACCACAACAUUAACAAAGAGAAGCACUGCACCACUUCAAGAAACCUCAACAAAUAUACUCAACAACAACAACAACAACUCCCAUAACAACAGAAGUGCAAUGUUACGAGAUAGCAAAUCAUUAGCAUCACCAAUCAAAACGACAGCCCAUGGUCCACUCAAUUUCAAGAAAAGAGUAGCUACUUCACCAACACCUACGUUGAUAUCUCAAAACACAAAGAGGAAAUAUGUGAAACCGUCUUCUAUAAAAGCUGAUGACGAGAAUGUAUCCCCCAUAAAUCCACGUCAUUUGAAAACAAGUCCAAAUCAUAAAUCUAAAUCCAUCAAUGACACUCUGGCCCUAUAUGCUGAGCAAGAUAAAACUGCGGGUGAGACCAUUGAAUACCAGUACCCACUCUGGCCACCGCAAUCGGUUGCCGAAGCCGAAAUACAUCGACAGUUGUACUUGAUGGAACAAAAAGCCAAGCAUUUUGAAGAGCUUUCUCAUUUUCUUGCCUUGGAACAGAAAUAUCAACUUGAAGUGAAGGAGAUAAGUUGA